ACUCUUUCUCUCUCUAUUUCUUGGUGUUUCUUGACUUUGAAUCUUCCUCGUCCUUCUUCCUCGCGCUAAGUUCGGAACGCCAAAAGCAAGAGUCACUUGAAAAGUCUCCGAUGGCGGAGUGAGACUACUGAGGGAGGAGGGGGUGUGGGACUCGCGCUUUACGCGGCUUUUGUCCUUCGUCGUAUACUUUUCUUGCUCUUGUAGCGACCGCUCGCGUCUUUUCUUGGUGUCAUGAACCGGCCCUCUGCUGCUGCUGCUCCUCCGGUUUCUUGCUAAUCUCGCUGGCGGGGGGAGUGCCCGUGCCCAAAGGGUCACGCGAGGUCGAGCAAGCAAGGCCCGAUUCCUGCCCGCCCCUCCCGUCCCUUUGGUUGCUCGCGCAUCGGUUCUUGGUUCUUGGAGCGUUCGGGGGUGAUCCACUGAUCGUCGGGUCGUGCUCGUGAUUCUGGGUGCGAGGGAGAGGAUCGAGGAGGGGGGAGAGGGCAGGAAGGAUGAAGAGCGAGGAUCAAGCGAGGUCCCUGUUCGGGAUUUCUCUCUCUGAUCGCCCGAAGUGGCACCAAUUCCUCAUCUGCUCUUCCGGGUUCUUCUUCGGCUACCUCGUCAACGGCGUCUGCGAGGAAUACGUGUAUAAUCGGCUCCAAUUCAGCUACGGUUGGUAUUUCACCUUCAUACAAGGAUUCGUGUACCUGAUACUCAUAUACUUUCAGGGUUUCACCACCAAGCAGAUGGUGAACCCAUGGAAAACGUAUGUGAAGCUCUCUGCUGUGCUCAUGGGUUCUCAUGGAUUGACCAAGGGAUCUUUGGCUUUUCUCAAUUAUCCUGCCCAAAUCAUGUUCAAAUCCACAAAGGUUUUGCCAGUCAUGGUGAUGGGAGCAUUUAUUCCUGGCUUGAGAAGAAAGUACCCUGCUCACGAGUAUUUAUCAGCUCUGCUUCUAGUAGCUGGUCUGAUUCUGUUCACCUUAGCAGAUGCUCAGACUUCUCCGAAUUUUAGCAUGAUUGGUGUUUUGAUGAUUACUGGAGCUUUAAUCUUUGAUUCAUUUCUCGGAAAUUUGCAAGAAGCCAUAUUUACCUUGAAUCCUGAUACAACGCAGAUGGAGAUGUUAUUCUGUUCGACAGUAGUCGGCCUGCCUUUCCUUGUUCCACCAAUGAUCCUUACAGGGGAGUUGUUUAAGGCUUGGAAUUCAUGUUCUCAGCACCCAUACGUUUAUGGGGUGUUAAUUUUUGAAGCCAUGGCCACAUUUGUUGGACAAGUCUCUGUAUUAUCCCUCAUAGCCAUCUUCGGGGCUGCAACUACUGCAAUGGUAACAACUGCCAGGAAGGCCGUCACUCUCUUGUUGUCAUACUUGAUAUUUACAAAGCCAUUGACAGAGCAACACGGAACGGGGCUUCUGCUCAUAGCCAUGGGGAUCAUAUUGAAGAUGUUGCCAGAAAACAAACCACCUCCCAGGGGUACAAUGGCAAAUGGUGGUUCUAAGCACGAGAAAUCUCCACUCCGACGAGACAGCAAACCUGUUGACAAUGGGGAAGGUGAGGAAGAAGGAAGGCCUUUAGUAUGAUUGAAGGUGGCCCGUUUCCUUUUCCUCUUCCCCUUGUUUUAUAUUCUUUUCGUAAACUUUUCACUCUAUUUUUCCUAGCUUGCAAGAUCACACGUCACAGCUGCCUAGACAAAUUCAUUGUCGAUAAGUCUGUAGUUUCAACGGUUUCUUGGUGAUUAUGCAUCCGUCAAGCGGAGAAAUCUUUAAAGCAUCUUGCCGGGAAAGGCAAUGGCUACUACUAGAAAGCGAAUGGGGGCACUUAGAUAUCAGUGUUUUGUCACUGGGAUGCUGUCUCUUUUGAGAGAUGUUCCUAGUUGUGAAUGAAAAGGGUCCAUUCAUUUUUCUCUCCUGGCAGUGUCAUUGUUGAUGAUGUACAUAAUUCAGGAACGUGGUAGAUCAGAUUGUGCUUUACUUUUAAAUCAAUUCAAUGAGUUCACUUGUUAUAUUA